GGUUUUUAACUUGUCAGUUUAUAAACCAACGCUUCAGCUUUCCACCAGCAUGUCACAUUCCAGCCCACUACUUCAACUCCUUCAGGGCUUUCACACGGUCGUGCAUCCCCAGCAGCACGAUACAUCAUCAGUCACAGCUCCGCCCUUGGUUUUCCUGGUGUUUCUUCCGGAGCAGCCCUGAAUCUCUUCACAUCUGUUUUAUUUGGCUUGCAAGACGACCUCAUGAAUCCCCGCAAUCUUGCGACAGAGCUCGGGCAACGAGAGGAAGCUACACAAGGACAAGUCCAUCGGCCACCAGAUCCACCGCUCUCAGCAGUUGCCCACGAAGUAGUGCCAUAUGUCCUUUCACUGCCAGAAGGUUGCCAGACGCUAGACGAAUCUUCGACCCGCACCAACCCACACUACACCCCUCAGUCAACGUCCUUGCUACCGUCCCAGUCCAACCAGCAACCUCUAAAAUUUACCGACUACACCCCAGUGCAGGACGCAGGCUUACCUGUGGAAGUACAACGAGAGCUUGCUGAGGCAGAAUGGCGGUAUACCGCAGCACGUUACGAAAUCUUAGAGAAGGCACAGGUAUUCCCUGCGACUUCUAACACCGAAGGAACGACUGUUAGCUAUGCAGACUCUACUCUCGGUGAGAGAGCUUCGAGCUUUACUGGGGUUUACAAUCGUCCCUCGGUACCCGCAAAUCCACGCCAGAUAAGCAGCAACACAAACAUGUCAAGCCAGGGUACACAUUCUGAAGAGCAAAUGAUUUGGAACACAGUAUAUCCAGAUGCCUUCCAAGAUCAUACACAGAGCUUCGGUAGGCAGGAUGAUAUCGUUCUCAACGCCCAAGAUCUCUACCAUAAUGCCUCCGGUCAUGCAACAUACGGCCAGCAACCUGCGGUUGAUCCGAUGGCAUUCACAGUAUCAAAUUACGACACAAUUGCUACCCCUUUGAGCAAGGAUGAGCAGAGGAACUAUGCUAUUUUCCAGCCUCGCUAUACACAGUCAGCCCACCCGAUGCAAGGUAUUGGAUCAUUUCCUGUCAGUUCCAGCGAUUUGACAACAUACCCGACCGUCAAUCCAAGUUACGAUAUAACAGCUUCUUGUGUGGGUCCGUUGUGGAAUGGAGUCUUCGAUUCAUCUGCCGGUCAUCCGCUUACCAUGGCUACAUCCGAACUACCAUUGUUUCCGACGAUGGAUCAUUCCACCACGGCCGAUGUCGAUAUGACAGGCACAGAUAACCCCCCACUUCCUACAGGAGGUGGCGGAGAAUAUGGAAGGCUUGCGAAACGGAAAUUCGGCGUUUCACAUAGCGCUAGCAAUAGCGGAACAUCGUCUGGCUGCGCCCUUGACAACAUCCAUUUUUAUACAAAUCCAAAAGCCAAUCAUCAGCACUGUGCGUCUCAACCGAAGCGUCGUCGGGUCACGGAGAAGGCGCCAUCGUCAUGCUUUGGAUGUCGCAUCAGUAAACGAAAGUGCACGAUCUCGACGGGAGACAUUUGCCUUCGAUGUCAGGAUAUCUUGAAGACGCAUUCUGAUCGCACAAGACUUCCAAAGUUUACGUGCAACGUCCGAACAAAAUUCUCGGAGAUGUCAAUCUUCACUGACAUACCACCAGGCAUAGGGGUAUCUGAGAUGCAGAUGUCAACCGAUGCACUGUCCCGUCUAUCUCACUCACUGAAGAGCGACCGGGAACAUCAACACUUUCCUGUGACGGCCGAAGACUCGAUAGACAUAAUCGAGAGAACUAUCGGGAACAUUAUUGCCACGCUUUUUCCCCAUUGUGAAAGUGUGCUCGAUAUCCUUGAUCCAUUACACUGGAGACAGUAUAACUUCAGAGCGUUCGAUCUAGUAUCGUUUUGGAGUUACUCCCUCAGCAUGGUCAGAUGGAAGAACUUGAUUUGCCUCUUCAGACCAGACCUGCAAGGUGCCCUGGACUUCCAUGAGAACUGCCAUCGGUACCUGCACACAUUCUUUCUCGAGAGUCUUGAUGACUUGCUUUCCUCCGGAGACUAUUCUGUUGCAGUUAUGUUGCUAAACGUUUGGUACGAAGGUAUCUCUGCCAUGAAGGAUACUCCGUCAGUGAACAUCUCUGCAAAGGAACAUCUCUUGUCCUCUCUUACACACCAUCUGUUACAUGUAUACCGUGUUCUACUCCCCGUGGCCCCUAACAAAUCGCGGCGGAAGAUCGGUGUGGAAAAUUUAGCAUUAGCUUAUAACAUGUUUCUACAGACACUUGACUUGAUGCCGGCAAGCUGGCAAAUUCGUCAAAGGGGAUAUUUGACGCGAUUGAUAUUGGCAUCGCGUAGAAAGCAAUCAAUCUCACAGGAAACUAUGGAUGUAAGCCCUGGCACUGCAUCUUCUCGGGACUCUCGUCAGCAAUUGGAGCGCCCGGGGCCGCUGAAAUCGUUCUUCCCCUUCGGAUUUUUGGAUCUAUUUGGUCUCAACACGGAAAAGCAACACUUCCUCGAAGUAAAGAUGCAAGAGUCCAUUCUCGAUCAUCCUCGGUCAUUACAAGAGGAACUGCUUGGUCUAUCUCCCUGGAUUAUGGGGGUUGCGCUUGGGGCAAUUUCUUCUAUAUCUCUAAAGAAUGUCGAAGAUGGCGAAUUUACCUCGGAAGAGCUCAAGUCCGCCAUGCUCUGCUUUAUCAUAUCAGGCUCGUCAUAUGCAUGGGAAAAGGCAAUCGAUUUCCACAAUCAAUCUCGUGGGCGAAAUGGGCUGACCGUUAGUGAUUUAUUGGCUGAUCGAGAUGCCAUAGAGGGCUUGAUGGAUGAUUGGCUCAAACAAUUAUCAGAUGUAUAACAAUGUUCUCUGCACCGAUAAAGAGGCCCAAAAAAGACGUACGGCGGCAAGACUUAGCUACAUUGAGAUAUAUACAACCAUACAUAAGCGAUAUG